AUGUCGGAAGAGCACCUCUGGAAGUUCAGGAAGCCGGAGUGGAUGAAUAGCGCCACGGCGCGGAGCGCGGGGGUGUACGGAGCUGGUGCUUUGUUCUCUCUCGCCUUCUUCAUCCUCCUCGACGCGGCCGUGUGGUCGCACUCCGCAAAGAACGGCUCCUCGAUCCACAUCACCUUCGUCGACUGGCUGCCCUUCAUCUUCUCCUCCCUCGGCAUGCUGAUCAUCAACUCGAUCGAGAAGACGCGGCUGUCGGCGGACUCUUUCUCCUACUCGGGCUCCGGAGUGGCGUGGAAGGCACGCGUGGUGCUCUUCAUGGGGUUUGCGAGCCUGGCGGGCGGCAUGGCCGGCGGUGUCACGGUGCUGGUGCUGAAGUAUGCCGUGGCGGGCGCGCCGUGGCCGACGAUGGGGAUGGGGGUCAGCAAUCUGAUUGCGAACGCGGGGGUCAUGAUGAGCUCCGUGGUACUAUGGAUCAGCCAGAACAUGGAGGAUGAGUACUCGUACAACUUGGCUCUGUAG